AUGUCUGGUAUUAAACGAACCCGACCUGACGAUACACUUCCGUCAAGUCAAUUGGAAACAAUCAAAACCGAACGAUCACCAAAAGUCGAACCAUCGGCGUCACCAUUCGUUAGUACUAUCGAAGAAGAAUACACAUGUCCAAUCUGUUUCGAGUUGAUCAGCGAAGCAUAUGUCUCUCGAUGUGGACAUAGUUUUUGUAACAAAUGUCUGCAGCGGACAGUUGAAUCACAUCGGCGAUGUCCAAAAUGUCAACUAAGCCUUCAAACAUCUGACAUCUUUCCUAAUUAUACCUUGAAUGCAAUUAUUGAAAAAUAUCGCCAACAACGUCCAUUACCACAAACAUUUGCCAAAUAUGGUAGCAUUAUUGAUCAUAUUUCGGACAUGGUAACGAAUGUUCAUACAGUAAAUGCUCAAGAUCUCGAUAAACUAAUAUCAGUCAUUCGUCAACAUAAGGACAAACUCGAUUCGAAUAAUGAAUAUGUUCAUAAUCGUCUAUUGGAAAUCUUUCUAACUCACGUUCAUCACGAGCGAAGCGGAGCAAUCGAGUCUCUUUCCAAAGAAUUGAAUAUUGUUGACAAAGAUCUGAAACAAAUGAAUAAACGACAAAAAUGUUCAACAACAUCAAAUGCCAGCUUACCGAAUAAUCCAACUUCGAAACAGACAAUCGAUGAUGACUCUUUACCGUCAUCGGACUCGGCAAAUAACAUUAAAGAGGAAUUGUCUUCGUCGAACGAUAUCACGAUUGUUAAUGAUACUGUUCCAAAUUGGGUUCAAUCCGGAGGACAGGAUCUCCGUGCGACACCAGAUAUGAAAACGGAAAAACAAGAUUUACCACCGACAACGACAGCAGCAACAACUUCAGCGCGAAUUGUAUCGAGUGGUGCUGUUGUACCAGAGGAAACCAAUCAAUAUGACGAUAUCGAAAAUCGCACGAAGAUCAUGAUGCGAUUCAUGGACGAUUUGACCAAUAUUUAUUUUUCUACACGAAACUCUCUAAGAUUAACUGUUGACAAUGAUGGUUCGUGUAAUGGUGAUAGUGGUUUGGGCACAUUUCGCGAUAGUCUUGCAGCAGUAACGAAAUAUUCGCGAUGUAAACCGAUCGCUACCGUGAAUUUUGUCGGAGAAAACUUCGCACAAGCGAGCAUUGUGUCGAGCAUUGAAUUCGAUCGUGAUUAUGAACAUUUCGCUGUUGCUGGUGUAUCGAAAAAGAUUAAAUUGUAUGAAUAUCAAUCGGUGUUGGACAAUUCAGUUGAUUUACAUUAUCCGUCGAAAGAAGUCGCAUGUACAGCUAAAUUGAGUUGUAUUAGUUGGAAUCCAUAUUUGAGAAACUAUUUGGCAUCGAGUGAUUAUGAUGGAUUCGUUACGAUUUGGGAUAUGGCCACCGCGCAGAAAGUUCGAACAUUUCAAGAACAUGAAAAACGUUCGUGGAGUGUGGAUUUUUGCUCAUCAGAUCCAAAAUUACUCGCAUCGUGUUCAGAUGACUGUCGUGUCAAGAUUUGGUCCAUGCAUAAUGAGUAUUCCGUUACAACAAUCGACGCGAAAUCCAAUGUCUGUUGCGUGAAAUUCAAACCGGACUCUCAACACAACAUCGUCUUUGGCACAGCUGACCAUAACCUAUACUAUUUUGACCUACGCAAUACACGUGAACCUUGCAAUCUAUUAAAGGGUCAUAAGAAAGCAGUCUCAUAUGCGCGUUUCCUAUCGAAUAAUGAAAUUGUCUCAGCAUCAACCGAUAGUCAACUACGACUAUGGCGUGUGACAGAAGGACAAUGUUUACGAACGUAUCGUGGACAUGUCAAUGAAAAGAACUUUGUCGGAUUGGCUGUUUCGUCGGGUUAUAUCGUCUGUGGUAGUGAAACGAACACAGUGCAUUUAUACCAACGUGAAAUAUCUCGACCAUUACUAAGUUACAAAUUCGAUGAUCAAAAUAAUGGCACAAGCAAAACAGUACCCACCACAACAGAUCGUGUGAAGAAAGAGGAAGGCGGCUCGGAGUUUGUGAGCGCUAUGUGCUGGAGUAAUCGUGAAAACAUCUUAUUGGCAGCCAACAGUCAAGGAGUUGUCAAAGUCUUGGAGCUAGUUUAA